AUGGCUAAAAACUUUGAUGCGGUCUCCUUGUCUCGUCGCACAGUGACUCGCAGAAUUUUUGACAUUCACGACCAUGUCGAGGGGAAGCUGAAACACGUAAUGCAGGACUGCAAAUACUUCUCCCUGGCCUUGGAUGAAAGUACAGAUGUGACGGAUGUGAGCCAGCUGCUGAUUUUUGCAAGAACUGUCAACGGCUCGUUUGAAGUGCACGAAGAGCUAUUGAAAAUGGUGUCUUUGCAUGAUAACACCAAGGGCACCGACAUAUUUAACGCCGUCAACAAUGUGGUGGAUGAAUAUGGUGGUUUCAACAAGCUAUCAGCGGUUGUCAUGGAUGGUGCGCCUGCGAUGCAGGGAAGACGCGCGGGGUUCGCGGGGCUCCUCCAACAGAGCAGAGUGAACUGCCCUAUCCUGCAUUGCAUCAUCCAUCAGGUGAGUGAUUAUAGGUUUUGGGAUUCUAAGUGACAUGCAGGACAAAAUAUAGGUUAAUUUUAAUGCGUAUUUAAUUUAUCUGCAGGAGGCUCUCUGCGCCAAGACACUUCACUUUAGCCACAUCAUGGAUAUGGUGACUAAAGUCACAAAUCUCAUCUGAGGUGGAAACAGAUCGCUCAGUCACAGGAAGUUUACAGCAUUUUUGGAGGAAGUGGACGCCGCGUAUGGGGAUUUACAAAUGCACACAGAUGUCCGCUGGCUCAGUCGAGGCAAAUGUCUGGAGUGUUUUUUUGCGCUGCGGUCUGAAAUACCAGUAUUUUUGGAGGACAGUGUUCGUGGUGAUGUGAGUUCUUACUGCAAGAAACUCAAAGACACUGCGUUUCUAUGUGACCUAGCUCUUCUUACUGACAUUAGUUCACAUUUGAACAACCUGAACACAAAGUUGCAGGGGCGAGACCAAACGAUCUGUGAUCUGUAUGCACACAUGGCCGCAUUUCAACGCAAACUUGAUCUGUUCAAAGAGGGAUUAUCAUCCCAUCCGCUGCUUUUGACACACUUUCCUGCUUGUGAGGAGAUGCAAAAUAAUGUCCCUCAAUGCGAAGAGCUACUUCACAAAUACGCAGCUGAUAUCGAGAGACUGCAGGAGCAGUUCAAGCACCGUUUCCAAGAUUUCCACGCAAUGGAACCACGGAUAAUGCUUUUCGUGGACCCCCUCUGCGCAGCUGUCAGUGAGCAACCUCCAGAAUUGCAGCUGGAACUUUGUGACUUGCAGUCAGAUCCGUUCUUUCAAACGAGGCUUAAUGAGAAGGGUAUUUCCUCUUGGAGUCUGCUACCUCAGUCCCGUUUCCCACACCUCCGAGAGUUUUCACUGUCACUGACCAGUAUCUUUGGUAGUACGUAUAUUUGUGAAAGCAGUUUCUCAACCAUGAAGCACAUCAAAUCAAAAGAGAGAAACAGGCUCACGGAUGACACACUUUUUCAUCUCAUGCAGAUUAGAUGCACAAAGAUUGACAUUGAUAUCCAGGCCAUUGUGCACCAGCAGGCAAAGCCACAAGUUUCCCAUUAA